CUCGAUAUCGACAUCAACGAGUUGAGUUGCCCACACCAAGGAGUCGUCUGGUCUCGAAAAAAGACCACCUGUUUGAUAUAAAAACAAAAGGAGUAUACUCUUGCCCAAGCGGGAGACAGUCAGCCCUGCUGCAAAAUAUCGAUUCCAGUACUACUGUCAUUGACCCAUUGAUCGGGGAAAAGUGUGAAUUUCUGGCCAAGCAAAUCACAUGGCUAGGCCUGCCGAGAUCAUCUCGAUGUAUCGAUCGUUCUUGAAGCAUGGCGCAAAGUUUCCCAACUACAAUAUCAGAGAGUAUGUGCGUAGGAAGGCAAUGGAAGGCUUCAGGGCGCACAAGGGAGAGACAGAUGAGCAGACAGUGUCGGAGCUAGUGCAGGACGCCAAGACAGAGCUGGAAGUGGUGAAGCGGCAAUCCAUGGUGUACAGCUUGUAUGCUAGGCAGCAGAAGAGCAUCAUGGAUAUUCCUUUGGAGAGGGUGUUGAAGGACCAAGCAGAGAUUCCAAGCGCCGACCUCAAAGCACCGGGCUUGUAAUGCAGCAGCACUGAAAUGCCACUGGGAUGCGCGGAUGACAGAAGUGCGCGACUAGCAAGUAAAGCAUGAGUUCAUCUGGCCCCUCUUAAAAAGGGUUGUCUUUAUAGAGACGUAGGAAACAUGCAUGCAGAAUUGUGCGCUGAAUAGAGUGUUGGCUGCACGUACGCAUGGGCCUCGGCAAAUGUGUGGAAUCAUUAGACAUCAAACCUUAUACCUAGCCUCAUAAUCAUAGGCCAAAGAGGCCUUUGAGUAAUUUAGCUUUGAGGGGAUUGCUUACAUAAUGCAAGAGUAUUUUCUAACUUCGCGAGACAUUUAAGAAUGGUGC